AUGGCAGAGCACAGCGUCCACUCGCAGCGGGACAGCGAGAGCGAGGAAGCAGACGAUGACGUCAACGCGGUUCGAGGCAAGCGGACCCCAGCGAAGCCUACCAUCUGUCUUAUUGCUGAGGGAGACCGGGUCAACCUGCUGGGGUUGGACUGGUUUGAGCCAUUGGGCAUUGGUAUUUCAGGGAUUAACAAAUUGCUUGAGAAUAAAUGGGAUAUGAUGUAUGACCUGUUCCCUGAUGUGUUUGCAGAGGGUCUGGGGCGGUACAAAGGGCCCCCGGUUGCUUUUGAACUUGACCCAUCUGUAAAGCCGAUCAGACUGAAAUAUCGGAAGGUUCCAAUUCCCCUCAGGCCUAAAGUAGAGAGGGAAAUUGAUAAACUCGUGGAACAAGGAAUUUUGGAACCUGUUCCUCACAGCAAGUGGGAGACGCCUAUAGUAACACCAGUUAAGCCUGAUGGGUCCAUACGCUUAUGCGCAGACUAUAAAUGCACCCUUAACAAGGCGUUACAACAACACUCCUAUCCCGUCCCGGUUAUUAGCCACAUCCUGGCUUCAUUGGGGGGCGGAAAGAUCUUUGCCAAAUUAGACUUGGCACAGGCAUACCAGCAGUUGCCUGUCACUCCUGAGGCUGCAGAGGCUCAGACUAUUGUUACCCAUAGGGGGGCUUUUAAGGUGAAUCGCCUACAGUUCGGGGUAAAUGUGGCGCCCGGCAUCUUUCAGGGCCUGAUGGAGCAACUCUUGAGGGGGGUACCAGGGACGGUGCCCUACUUCGACGACGUGUUAAUUGCGGGGAGGUCUGAAAAUGAGUUGAUGGACCGGGUGAAGGAGGUCUUGAAGCGUUUCCAAAACGCUGGGCUCAGAGUAAAACGUUCAAAAUGUACACUGGGAGUUAGCAGUGUAGAGUUCUUGGGGUUCAGGAUUGAUGCAGACGGGGUGCACCCCACUACUGACAAGGUGACUGCAAUCCGAGACGCCCCCAGGCCGGAGGCGAAAUGGAAGUGGGGACAGGCCGAAGAAAGGGCUUUCGUGGGGGUUAAGGAGCUGUUGGUGUCUAAUGACGUGCUGACGCAUUAUGAUGACCAGAAGCUCCUGGUGUUAGCUGCGGACGCUUCACCGUUUGGAAUUGGCGCGGUUUUGAGCCACCUGAUGCCUGAUGGGAGCGAGGCGCCAAUCGCUUUUUACUCAAGAUCUCUUUCUGAGGCAGAAAGGAACUAUGCCCAGAUUGACAAGGAGGGUCUGGCUUUAGUAGCGGCUGUCAAAAAGUUCCAUGACUUUAUUUUUGGCAGGCGAUUUUUGCUGGUCACUGACCAAAAGCCGCUACUGGGGAUUUUUGCACCCGAUAAGCAACUGCCGAAUAUCAUGUCCCCGCGCAUGCUUAGAUGGGCGCUCUUUUUGCAGGCGUACGAUUAUGACCUUGAACACCGGCCUGGGAAGGCAAUCGGACAUGCGGACGCGAGGGGGUGGCCAGUUGGGAGUGUUGAACCUGAAUUUGGACCCUACAAAUGCCGCCAAAGUGAACUGUCCAUUUCUAAGGGCUGUGUUUUAUGGGGCAACAGGGUGGUGGUCCCUGACAAGCUCAGGAACAGAGUUCUAGAAUCUCUGCACGAGGGGCACCCUGGAAUGGUGCACACCAAAGCGUUGGCCAGGGGGUAUGUCUGGUGGCCUGGGCUGGAUAAAGAGAUUGAGGAUUGGGUUCGCGUGUGUUCCCAGUGUCAGCAAGUCAGGCCGGAACCCCCACAAGCUCCGCCUCAGAGGUGGGAGUCUUCAGGGAAACCCUGGGCCAGAUUGCAUCUGGAUUUCGCUGGCCCGUUCCAGGGGAACAUGUUUCUCAUAGUAGUGGAUGCAAUGUCUAAAUGGUUAGAGGUUGUGCGCAUGAAAACAACCACUUCACUAGCCGUGAUCCAUGCGCUCCGCCAUCUUUUCGCCACGCACGGGUUGCCUGACGUCCUCGUCAGUGACAACGGGCCUCAAUUUGUCUCUGAGGAGUUUAAGCAGUUCCUCACGAGUAAUGGCAUCCGCCAAAUGACUUCGGCCCCCUUCCAUCCGGCAUCUAAUGGCCAGGCCGAAGAGAUGAUUGGAAAUUCUGUUGGGGACAUCUACAACACACUGACUGUAGAGACCACUCAGACCAUUUACCUGGGUAACCCCUGGGGAACGACGGACCAGACGAGUCCCACGACGCCGCGCCGAGGAAACUGGGCGGCGGGGACGAGCGCACCGGGGCGCUUUGACUCCGAUCGAGGUCGGACGCUCCUUGCUGGCUCCUCGUCUCAGAACGGCGUGGGAGGCCAGGAGGACUACCCUAGGAACCACGCUGGAAUCCAGGCUCCUUGCGUAGACCGGGUCCUCCAGAAAGAAUCCCAUGGCGGCCUCGUGGGUCUCUGUGGCUGGAGCUUCUGCUGGGGCCUGGUCUGGGUGCAGGCGGUCCAGUUGAGUCAUCAGGCGACGGCCGAGAAGUAG